AUGAUUCCCGAAGCAAUUGGAUCAUAUAACAUGAUGGAUCAUAUAACAUUUUUUAAAGGUGUUAGAGAAACACGAAAACAAUUGCAAUUAAAUGACGGAUAUCAUAAUGGUAAACAAUGUAAAGAUAAUGUAUCAUCAAGUAGUGAAAAUGCGGUUUUAAAUCAAUUACUUAAAUCAAAAAUGCCACAAUCAUUAUCGUAUACAAACAGCAUGAAAAAAGAAAAUAGUGCAGAAUGUUUAACACAGAAAAAAACAACAAAUAAUAAUCAUUCGACUAACGGAUCCAACGGACAAGAUCAACACAUUCCAUCGCAAUUACCUAUCGAACGAAAACAUCAGACUUCUGAUUUAAAUCCAUUGUUAUCAUUAUCAUCAUCCACUAUUACUUUAACAUCAUCAACAAGUAUUUUGAAUGGACAAUCAUCACCUAGAAGUACCAGAUUACAGUCACCAACAAUGAUUCAUAUAAAUAGUACAAAUUCGAUGGAUCUCAGUUCUCCAACAUCUACAAGUACAACGAAUACCGACGAUACUUUAACAUUAAAUAAUCAAGAUGUUGAUAUGAAAUGUUUUAGUUCAAUGCCAUCGACGCCAUCAUUAUCACCAAAACCACUUGUUAAACAAGGUGAACCGCCUCGUUGUAAAUCUCAUCCAAUGAUAUCGUCAUCAUUGUCAUUAUCCUCUAACACUCAUAGACAUCAUGAACCAAUAGGUUUUACAUCUUGUCCGUCAUUAGAGCUAUCGACAUUGUCGUCGUCUAGUCACUCGAAUACAUCAGAUAAUAAUAAUAAUAAAAAUAGCAGCGAAAUGACUAUUUCUUCAACAUCAUCAUCACCCGAUAUACCAAAAAUAGCACGUUCAUCAUCUGUUAAAUCGUGUGCUAGUGAUUCAGGUGUUAGUUCUUCAUCACCAUUGUCAGAUAAUUGUCAUGUACAUAGUAAUAAUACAAUUAUUUACAAUCACCUUACUAAUUCUCAACAAUUAACAACAAUUUCAAUAAAUGGUGGCAGUAGAAAACGUAAAAACUUAAGUAAUAUUUCCGAAGAAAAACACGAUAAAAAAAUGUCUACAGAAGCUAUAACAACAUCUGGAUUUUCUUAUAAUUCUACUACGAAUACACCAUCAGCAACAGUAACCAUUCCAACACCACAAGAACAAACUGCAGCUGUUUUGGGUUAUGCUCAAUAUGCCUCGUUCCUACAUACAUUAUCGCAACAAUUUCGUGUGAACUAUCCAGCAGCACUAUUGCAUUCAGCUGCAUGUGCCGCUGGUUAUUUACCACUGCCAAUGUUAUCAUCAGAUGGAAAUAGUUUUUCAUCAAAUCCAUCAUUGUACAAUCCCAAUACUUCUCGAUUAAAUAAUGAGCCAUCAAUGAAUCGAUCAUCGAAUACAAAUAAUGGUGCUUCAUCACCAACAACUACAACUCCAAAUGUUGGUGAUUCAAUUACAAAAUUGCGUCAAUUAAAUUUAGAACGUGAACUGAAUGCCGAGAAUAAUCGACGACGAGAAAAAAAUUCACAAAUACCAUGUUCAAAUACCAUGAAUGAAAAUGGUUCGUAUGAUAAACCAGAAGGAUCGGCGCACGAUAUAUCUGCACGAUUAAAUUCAAUGCCAGCAACUUUCGCUCAUUUUUUUAAUUCAGAUAAUCAAAAAUCAAAUAACACAACGAGUUAUUGUCCAAAUACAACAUCCAUAUUACAAUCGUCAUCAUCUAAUAAAAAAGAAAUCUCGGAACAACAACCCUAUCGUCGUGAAACAUAUCAAACAUUAUUGGAAAGUAGUCAAUUAAUUACUCAAUCAUCAUCUCAUUUUCAAUUACCAUUAAAUAGUACUAAUCAUCAACUAGCAAAACCUGUCCCAAUUGAUCUGAGAAAACAGUCAAAUGGAAUUCGAACGAUAUCAAGUCCUUCAUCCUAUACACCGCACACUGAUCAACAUAAAAUAACAACAACAUAUGGUUUUCGUAUUUCUUCAUCACCAAAUUCAAUUCCAUCCUCUCCAUCAUCGAGUAAUGACGAGAUAAACAAUGAAAAUCAACCUUCAACAAGAGAAGAUACAACAACAAUCAAAGGUAAAAAUCGAAAUUCCAACAUUAUAACUACAAAUGGUGGACAAUCUCAAAAUGAAUAUGUGUGUAUACCAAAAAAGUUGAUGCCUGUUGUGGUGGCACGUGUCAAUGAUUGGUUAGAAAAAAGUGUACAUUUUGUAUUAAAUCUUGAUGCUGUUAAAGAAUCAAAUAGUACGGAUGAAAAGUUAUUAUUACUUUCACGUUCAUGGCAUCGAUUGUUAUUAAUCAGUAUGGUUGAAAAUGGUUUUGAAAUAUAUGUAACAAAAGAUUUACAAAUUAAUAAUAACAACAUUAACAACAAUGAUGGUACAAUGAAACGAUGUACAAGUCCAAUAAUAAAUAAUAUAAAUUAUCCAACAGAAAAUGAUGUUAAACAAAUAGAAUCACUAAUAUCACGUGGAAAAGCAAUUCAAAUUGAUGAUGUUGGAUUUAAUUUGAUACGUGAAGUAGUGAUUUAUAAAGAAGGAAAAACUCUGUUUGCAUCGAAUUCAUUAUUUGAACGAGCCGAAACAAAUGCACAAUCACGUUUAACAAACUGGUCAAGAUCAAAUUCAAAAUAUUCUAAAAUGGUCUUUUUCCUAUGUAACAUUUAUCAAGUAAAGGAAGAAAUAUUUGAAAAAUUAUUUUGUUCUAGUAGUAUGCAUAUGACUAGUACCAUUCAAAAUCAUUUACAACGAGAAGUACAUCGAUUUCUUGCAUUAUCACCCGUAUCAUCUAUAUCAUCAUUAUCAUCAAUAGUUGACUAA